GGAGAGAGAGAGUCGAAAUAUUUGUCUACCUUCGAUAUUUGCUUUAAUCGCUUCAGAAAAAGGAAAACAAAUCUGUUUUAAUUAAUCGCUUCAAAAUAAAGAAGAAAAAAAACCGUUUUAAUUGCUUCAGAAAGCAAAAAAAAAAUACAGUAUUUGUUUUAGUUAGCUUACACUUUGGUGAAGGUGGUGGUGCUUUCAAAUGGCAAAAAUGGUCGUCGAUAAGAUUUCGUCAUCGUCAAUAUCAGAAGAAAAUCAUCAUCCUUAUGCUUUCCAUGUUUCUGGACCAACAAAUCUUCCUCGUCCUAGUUGGAGAGAUAUCUUCAUCAGUUCUAGAUGGAAGACAGAGAAUCACAAAAGAUCUGUAUUGGCAUGUUUUGUACAAGCAGUAUAUCUACUCGAACUAGAUAGACAAGAGAAUAGAACACCGGAAACAGCUCUGGCACCAAACUGGUGGAAACCCUUUAAGUAUAAGUUAUCACAGACACUAAUUGAUGAAAGAGAUGGGUCUAUUUUUGGCGCAGUACUAGAAUGGGAUGGUUUCGCAGCAACGAAACCAAGUGGUGCACCAAGAGUUGUUUUAGCACUCAGAGGGACAUUACUAAAACGUCCAACAAUAUUGCGAGAUAUCAUAGAUGAUCUUCGGUUGCUAGCAUGGGAAAGUUUGGAAGGAUCUGUAAGAUUUAGUCGUGCUUUAGAUGUGUUGAAAUCGUCUGUGGAUCUAUUUGGUAGUUGUAACGUAUGCUUUGCAGGUCAUUCAUUGGGUGCGGGUUUUGGAUUUCAAGUGGGUAAAGCAUUAUUAGUAAAACAAGGUGUUUCUGUCGACACGUAUUUGUUUAAUCCACCAUCAGUUUCUCUUGCUAUGACCUUGAGAAAAAUUAUAGUGAAGGCUGGAUUUGUUUGGAAAUCAUUCAAAUGGAUGUUUCCGUUUAGUGGCGAAGCCCAAACUAAUGAUGGACCAAGUAGGGAUCCAGGAAUCCGUGGAUUGAAAACCUGGAAAAAUAUCAUGAAAUGGGUUCCUCGUGUGUAUGUCAAUAACAAUGAUUAUGUUUGUUGUUAUUAUACUGAUCCUGAAAUGAAAGAUAACGGCGCAAGUAAUUCUGCGGGGAAGGAGAAUGCAGACUCAACUCGGGCAAAAGUAGCAGCUGCAAAGAUUUAUGUGGUGUCAAAAGGAAAGCAAAAAAUUUCUGAGGCUCAUGGGUUGGAGCAGUGGUGGAAAGACGAUCUGGAGCUUCAGCUGGUUCUCAAAAACAGUAAGCUCAUAGAUAGGAAGCUCGAGUUUUUAUACUCACUACCGGUGCAGGCACCACCUCGAUGGAAGGCUCACAAUGGUUUCGUGUUUCGUCUGUCCCCAUCUACUUCGCAAACAGGGUCGGAGCCAGCUUGA